AAUAACCUCGCAUUGGAAACUUUUUUGUGAAGUGCACCUGUACAUAUAUAAGAAGGUACUUAUAUAUUAUCAACUACAGUGAUAUAUAUGUUCGCGUAUUAGUUUACAAAUAAACCUCUCAAUAAAGGGAGACGUAAAAAUUGUCCGAUAUCUUAAUCUUUAAUUUACUCACAUACCUUUGAACUGAACGAUAACAUAAGUUUUAUACAGAUAUUGCGUUAAUUGCAUCUCACUUCAUUUAGUUAGAAGUAUUUGAUUUGAAGUGUUCCAAAGGCAGCAGCAGCGAAGGAGGUUCCAUCAUUCUGGUUCGGAAACAGACUUGAGUGGACCUGAUGAUCACUGGAGAAAACGUGAUGAAGAUUGGGGUAGAUCGUCUGCUACAGACACAGAAUUUGAACGGUCUGGUUAUUCUUCGUGUGCUUCGGGUGCUUCGUCUGCUGGUAUAUAUCGGAUUAAUGGGAGAACAAGUCGAAGAAGACUUUCAACGACUUCAAGAACCAGCACAGGUUCUAAGAGUUCCAUUGCAAGUGUUGUUUCGACUGCAAUGAGGAAAAUACGUCCGUCUGCCUUUAAAUCGGACAAAAAACUCCAACCAAAAACACAGAAGCAGGACAGAGAAAAACUAAAACUCACAAAAGAGAAUGAAAAAUUGAAGAAGGAAUUGAAAAGAUGCAAAGACAAUUUAAAAUCUGUUUCUAAGAUUGAUUCGCUGUACCGAAGAAAACUGUGUGAUGAUUUUGACCAAAAGAACAUUAACUGUUAUGUUGCAUAUACUGAUAAAGUUCAAGUUGGUAGCAACAAUCUUAUUCAAGAAUAUGAUGGUUCGAAGCUGAACGAUCUUCUUCUAAGCUAUCAUACUAGUCUGACAGACGCCUUUGAAAAUCUUAAUAAAGUCAAAGUGGACAUUGAAACCACAACGAGACAUCUAGAAAAUACUAAGAGAACGCUUCAGGAAAAACUAAAAGAACUUCAACAGACAAAAUAUGAUCUCGAAUCAACAUCGGAAAAACUUAGUUCUACCAAGUCUGAACUAGAAGGAACAGCAACAAGACUAGAAGAACGCACCCGAUUGUUACAGGAACUGGUCGAAGACUUGAAGGAUAUAAAGGAAAAUGAUAACAACCAGACUCUAAAACUGAAAUACACAAUCGGUCUUACAGAGUCACCGCUGAUGACAAAUUGCAUCAAUGAGCUAAAGAAAUUAGAUAAACAAGACAGGAAGUACCAUUUUGCUGACGUCCCCGAUAAAGCCAAGUUCGGUGUCAUGAGAAUUUUACGAAAAUACUGCCAGAAAGAUCCGAAGCUUACAAAUGCAGAGUUUGCACAGAUUUUGGGAAUAGAUGCAUAUGAUAUUGAAGAAGACGCAAUAUUGAACGAAGACAAUUGCACAUGGAUUCUAACUAAGUGGGUCCAUACAUCCCCAAAAAACGACAACGAAGCGUUGUGCGAGCAGCUGCCAAAACUUAAACAGUAUGGUUCAGUUUAUGGAACCCUUGGGUCAAUGACAUAUGACGGAAGUGUGAGCCGUAUAUCUUUAGCUGGUAUUGAAGAACAAAAGGCAGAACUGUUACAAGAAAUGAGGAACAUUUCAGUUAGUGUGCAAAAUGCUGAAACGACUUUUAAAACAGAAAUGCAAGUUUUAAAGAGAGGUCAGACACAGCUGGGACAGGACUUGAAGGAAACAAUCAGCUUGGAGCACCAAAGGUCCGUCGGUGAAAUUAAAAGUCUUGUUUCUUCCAGUACGACAAAAGAACCUUCCGAUAUAAAGUUGCCAACCCCUUGAAACAUCUACUUGCGAGUAGUAGAUUAAAAACUUUAUGGAAUUGUAAAAUAUCAGCGAAAAAAAACUUAGGAGAAAAGUUGUAAAAUAUUGGUUCAGGAAGUAUAUUUCGAAAAGAAAUAAAAUUGCUUAGAUGUGUACGUGCGCGCCUGCGUGCAGCCUGCGUCUUGUAAAUUACUCAAGUGUGUGUGUGUGUGUGUGUGUGCGUGCGUGCUUGCGUGCGUGCGUGUGUGUGUGCGACUUGUGAGUUUUAAAAUAUAUACAUUCAAGAAUUUUUAAAAGCGCAACAUUGAAAUACUUCAUAUAUAAAUAACGUCAACGUCACCUUUGAAAACAUUUUGCAACGCAACAAUCAAUUCAAAGUUUUUAAGUGGUCACUAUUUUCAUUAUUUAAUAAUGUCACGACUUUUUAGAUACGUAUGUAUGAUAGCGAUGAACAUAAAUAUAUACACACAAGGUAAAAUAUAAAUAGUUUAGACGAUAAAAAUCAAAGAGGAACACAAAAGGAGCUCCUCUUUGCAGUGAUCAAUGGCAAAAGUACUACUUGAUCAUUUAAACACCGUUAAUCUUGUAUCAAAGCUCACUCAUAAUUCCCACCAUACUAACUUUUCUGAAGCUAUAGGACAAUGUAAAUAAUAGUUAUCCCCAACAAAGGAAUCCUUUACACUGGCAAUGGUGACAAAAAGCACGACAUAUUAAUAUACUUCAAUAUUUUGUUUAUCAUAAAAUUAUUGACUUUUAGAGGUGUCGAUAUGAAAAUUUAUGGACUUUGAAAAUGUGAUAUCGACCGAGGGCAUAGUCCGAGGUUAAUAUCACUUUUCCCAUGUCUUUAAAUCCUCAUGCUGACCGAAACUAGUAUCACUGAAUCCAACAAUUGAAAUGUUAUUUGAAAAAAGUUCGAUUUGCAGCAUUUGGACAUUUUUCAAAUAUUUUGGUCUAAAGCUUUUUACGGCAUCACCUUGCUACGACGUCAAAAACUAUGACGUCAAUACUGCUCGUAGUCGUUGCGUGCGUUUGCACCGCUUACAAGUCAAUACGAUGUUAAUCAUUAAUCAUAUGACUGUGUUUCAGACCAAUGGAAAGGGCUAAUCAUAUAGAUUCAUUGAUAAGUAUAAAUCCGCCAUUAUAAGUAUCGUCGUUUUGACGUUAAGUGACUUCUGUCUAAAUUGUUUAUCUUGGAGGAAGCAUGAAACGUUGACAAAAUACACUGUAAAAAUUGUUAAUAUCGUUUUGGUGUAGAUCUUUUUAGUAUCAUACCCCACGAUAUAUGAUUAUCCUAUGAGGAUGUAUUUGUAUAUUUUGUUAAUUGAUUGUUUUAAACUUGUAACAUUCUGGCCUUAUCAAAUAAUCUGGAACUCGUUUAUUCAGUUUCCUUGAAGUAUCUGAAAGUAACGACAAAGUUCAUGCAAUCAAUGUAACUGACAGUGAAAAUAUGACAAUGUACGUGCAUUGUGUGUAUAAAUAAGCUUCAGCUUCAUACACAGACAACUAUUUUAUUUUCAAGCUAUUCAUGUACCAUAUUCAAAAGUGAAAUCAAAUAAAAUGUAUUUAUUCAUCAGUUACAAUUAGGUAAAUCGGAUGCGAUAUUAGUGAGAGCCAUUAUGUUAAGAAAGUCUUCAGUAAAAUCGAAUUUUGUGGACGUAUAUGACAAUGUUCUCAAUUUACAGGGAAUUGUUUAUAUGUUUAGAAAUCGUGGCAUAUGCACUGUAUAUGGAUUUUCGACAACAUAAUCAGUGCGUACUCAAUUACACAUUUUACAUCAGAUGUUGAGAAAGUUCUUACAACUUAUGUCAUUUCAAUCGCUGCUUUCUGAAUCGGGCCUCAUGUGCGGAUUGGGGUGAUAACGACUAAAUUCUGCUCUCUGUGGGAUUCGAAUAUGCGAUCCCCAGAUUAAGUCAGAGCGAUAAACUGUGUCCUUGU